UCCAUGUGGGUAAAAAAAAAAAGCCAGGUCACAUCACAAAGGAAUAAGACGGAGCGCACGACCGUUUCGAAAGUUUUUGGUGAUUUAGCGAGUUUUAUUUGACGCUGUGUUUCUUGCCACAACGGCAAAGAAAGUGUAUAACGCCGACAAGGACAUGGCCGAGAUUAAACCGGAGAUUAUGACGCAGGCGGACAUCAAAAUUGAAGAUUCUUCUGACUCGGCAACUAUGAAUGAAAUCGCCUCACAAACCUUGGACCAAGUUUAUGAUGAUCAUAAUGCAAAAGAUGAGGAUGAAAAGUAUGUCCCCCCACCACGCAUUUCACCAAGACGCAGGCUAGAGCGGUCACCGUCCGCAUCCUCAUCCUCGAGUUCAGAUGGGUCAGGUGGUGGGCAAGCCAGCAAGCGGCCAAGGCUGGCUGCUGGAGAUUUUGAGGCUCAGCAGGAGAGGUGGCACAGCAAGGAAGAGCCAGAUGUUGAACCUCCAACACUGAAGUUUGAGCCAAAACACCCGCCUGGCCCCAGGAUCGACACCACUGUCAACUGGUCUCCUCUCAGCCUCUUCAAGCUGUUCUUCAGCAGUAGUGUACAGCAUACCAUUAUAAACAACACUAAUGGCAAUGCUGCACGACGACUGGCACAAGGUGCACGCUACAAGUGGUCUCCCCUCUCAGUUGACAAAUUUUACAUUUUUCUGUCUAUCAUCCUAUUUUCUGGUUUGGCACGUACGCACUCAAGGGCCGACUAUUGGAGGAGGGAGUGGCCAUACAACUUUUCCUUCCCCAAGAGCACCAUGUCCAGGGACCGAUUUGAGGCCAUCUUUUGGUCUCUUCAUCUUUCUGAUGUCACAGAAGAUGAAGAGAACGAAAAAAAGAGAGGAACACCCCAGUUUGACAAGCUCUUCAAAAUCAAGCCACUCUAUGGCGAGAUUGUGAACACCUGUAACUCUCUUUUCCAACCGAACAAGGACAUAUCAGUUGACGAGAGGAUGGUGGCGAGCAAAGCCAGAAUUGGAUUCAGGCAAUAUAUGAAAGAUAAGCCUACAAAAUGUGGCUACAAAUUAUUUGUACUGGCAGACUCCAAAACUGGCUACACCUGCAACUUUUUCGUCUAUCAAGGUAAAGAUGAGAGCAAGGUCAAACAGAGGGGACCGAAGGAGGACGGCCUCAGCCUCAGCGUCACAUCUGUCAUGGACCUGAUGAGGUUUGACCUCCUUGGAAAAGGCUACCAUCUUUAUGUUGAUAAUUUCUACACCAGCCCGGUACUUUUCAACAAGCUUGCUCAAAAUCACAUAGCAGCUUGUGGCACUAUUCGGGCCAAUCGAGAGGGAUUUCCAAGAACCACCACCAACGACUUCCCAAAGAACCCUGAGAGGGGAGACAUGAGGUGGAUCCGUAAGGGCAACCUCCUCUUUGUGCGGUGGGUGGACACCAAAAUUGUGAAUGUCUGCAGCAGCUUUCACAAGGCAUAUAGCGGAGCCACUACACUAAGGAAGUUGAAGGGAGCAGAUGGACAAUGGCAAAGGGGUGUUGUGCACGUUCCUGAUGCAUGCAAAGACUACAACAUGCACAUGGGUGGGGUGGAUCUCUCAGAUGCUCUGAUCAACUACUAUUCUGUCCAUGGCAAGACCAUGCGGUGGUACAAAACAUUUUUUUACCACUUCAUUGACAUUGCAGUUGUCAACAGCUACAUCCUGCACAAAGCAGUGGCCAGCACUCGAAAUCAGACCCCCUUGUCUCAUAAACGAUUCAGGGAGGUUCUCAUGAGGGAAAUGGUCGAGCAGGCCAAAGCUAUAGUUGCCGAAGCCGCCCCCCGCCCCAGCCUCACCAACACUUGCAUGCCUGUGUACCGAGGGAAAACUGGCACUCAAGACCGCAGGAAGUGUGUGGUAUGUGCGACCAAGGCAAAGCAGAUGCCGGGCUCUAAAGCAAAGGAAAUGAAGACACCCAUUUACUGCUCCAAGUGCAAUGUGUCACUUUGCCUCGUUCCUGAGAGAAAUUGCUUUCUGGAGUAUCACGGGAUGGUGCUUCAGACUGAGUAACUUGGAGUAUUCACAGGUAUUCCUAACGAGACCCAGAACACUGGGAAGCUGACGUGCAUUUGGUGAACCACUUGUUCUUCAGACUUCCCAGUAAGUUGGAGUAUUCACAGGAAGUAUUCCUAACAAGACCCAGAACACUGGAAGCUGACGUGGCAAGAUGGCGCCGGCUUGAGUGGCAAGCCGUCUGUCGCUGUCGCUAGCACACUGUCAAAUAGGGGGGAAAAACAGGCGAGGAUAGAAAUUUCACAUUUCUCCUUUGGUUUAUUCCAAUUUACUCAGGCAUAGUAACAGUCACAAUCUUUUGACACUGGGAAUACAUCUCUGAGGUCCCUAGAUGUCCAUAGACACCAAGAACAUGCAUAUGAACCUUACUAUUGUGGAGCAAUUCUUCAUUUACUUUGGGUAUGUCUUUUUAGGUGUUUUUUCUGAAAAUAUGGCUAGGGCAUAACAGGUUAAGCUGACAUCUUUCUCAUUCUGAUUUAUUCACAGCAUUAUGAUCAACAGUAGUCAUCACAAUGCUGUUACAUUUACACCCGUCUCAUAGAAAAGUUUGGUGUUUGAGUGGAUGGGACGCAAUAUACUUGAAUUUAUACGUGAAUCAAUUAGGCGGAGAUGAUGAAUUUUAUACUUCUAUUUCAUCCUAGAAUGAUAACCGGACAAGAAAAAAAAAAAAAACAUGUUCCUGAAAUCCAAACAGUAAUCAUCCAGCCCAUCACUGGAUACAACAACCAUCUGGGCAAAUCUUUCACAUUCUACACUAAAUAAUAAACAUGCAGCUAUAGGGGAUGUCUGCACACCGAAGAACUGCAGACUCUGAGAAACCAUCACAAGGAUUGUUUUGAUUCGCUUUUAAUGAAAUUUGUA